GUCCAUAGGGGAAGAGGGGCACAGGGACCAGGGGAAGGAGCAGAUGAAGUGGUCCCAACGGCCUUAGAGCCCCGGGUCCAGCAGGGGGAAGGCUCGGGUAUCGGGGGAGACGCGGGAGUGGAAAGAGCUGGGAGCCCGCGGGCGUGCAGUUGGGACGGGAUACGGCAGUGAGGGACUAGAGUGAUUCAGGAAGAAGCAGAGGAGGCUGUAGGGAGGGUGAUAGGAAUCCCAGGUAGGGGAGACUAGGUGCGUUGUGGUGGGAGGGCAGGGAGACCUUGAAAAGACCUCUCGUGUUCUGGACCCUGGAGAGAGGACGGUGGGCGGCAGGAAUGGCAGCUGAGGGCAUGGAAGAGAGAAACUGAGGACAGCGGCCGGAAGGCUCUGGAUGAGAUGUCAGGAAAUUGUUUUUUCUGCCAAGGGCUCUCGGGUGCCUGUUCCCAGGGGACCUGGGGGAGGUGUCCUGCCCUACAUGUGGCCACAUUCAUCUGGGCCCAGGCCUUGGGCCAGUGCUUUAAUAGGGAAGGACCCAGGAGUCAUGGCUUGGUGGUGUCUGGAUGGGCUUCCAGAAGGCCUUGCUGAGCCAUGGAGAAAACUCUGGAGAUUGGGCUCACAGUCCCUGCACUGCGUACCUCCUUUCUCACCUCCGACAAGGAAAGGCAGAGGCCGUAGAAACUUAAAGAAGAGGGGAAACAUAGAUGGCUGGACACAGAAUCUAGAGACUUCAGAUAAUGUGGAGAUGUUUCAACCUUCAGGUUCCACUGGGUUGAUUCCCCCAUCCCACUUCCAAGCUCACCUUCCAACUGUACCAAGAAUGGCUCCCACCUGGGUUUCAGACAUUCCCCUGGUCCAAACCUCAGCCCAUCAAGAUGUCUCAGAGAGGCGGCCAGACAACCAGAGACCUCAAGUGAUCACGUGGGAACAGGAUAUUUCUGGCAAUGGGCAGGAGCCAGGGCGGAGAGGCAGGUCUGUGGAGAUAGAGGGGUCACAGGCCCUGAGCCAGCAGGCUGAGCUGAUCUAUCGGCAGCUGCAAGAGCUGCGGCGGCUUGAGGAGGAGGUCCGAGUCCUGCGGGAGACCUCAUUGCAGCAGAAGAUGAAGCUGGAGGCCCAGGCCAUGGAGCUGGAGGCUCUGGCACGGGCGGAGAAGGCCGGUCGGGCUGAGGCUGAGGGCCUGCGUGCUGCCUUGGCUGGGGCUGAGGUUGUCCGAAAGAACCUGGAAGAAGGGAGCCAGCGGGAACUGGAGGAGAUUAAGAGGCUGCACCAGGAGCAGCUCUUGUCCUUGACACAGGCACACCAGGAGGCUCUUUCCAGUUUGACCAGCAAAGCUGAGGGCUUGGAGAAAUCUCUGAAUAGUCUGGAAACUAGGAGGGCAGGGGAAGCCAAGGAGCUGGCUGUGGCCCAGAGGGAGGCCGAGUUGCUACAGAAGCAGCUGAGCAAGACCGAAGAAGACUUAGAGGCACAGGUGACCUUGGUUGAGAAUUUAAGGAGAUAUGUGGGGGAGCAAGUCCCUCCUGAGGUCCACAGCCAGACCUGGGAAUCGGAGCGACAGGAGCUUCUAGAAACAGUGCAAUACUUGCGGGAGGACCGGGAUGGCCUGCACACCACGGCGGAGCUGCUGCAGGUGCGUGUGCAGAGCCUCAUGCACAUUCUUGCCAUGCAGGAGGAGGAGCUGACCAGGAAGGUCCAGCCUGCAGACUCCCUGGAGCCCGAGUUCAGCAGGAAGUGCCAGGCCCUGCUGAAGCGCUGGCGGGAGAAGGUGUUUGCCCUCAUGGUGCAGCUGAAGGCCCAAGAGCUGGAGCACAGAGGAUGUGUGGCACAGCUGAAGGGACAGGUGGCAGAGCUCCAGGAGGGAGCUGUGGCCCAGAGCCAGGAGCAGGCCAUCCUGCAGCGCUCCCUACAGGACAAAGCCGCAGAGGUGGAGGUGGAGCGGAUGAGCGCCAAGGCCCUGCAGCUAGAGCUGAGCCGUGCUCAGGAGGCCCAGCGCCGGAGGCAGCAGCACACAGCCACAGCCGAGGAGCAGCUGAGGCUUGUGGCCAAUUUUGUCAGCAGCUUUCAGACCUGGCUCCAGAGCACCAUGGCUGAAGUGGAAGGGGCUGCAGCCCGGCUGCCCUGCCUCAGCAGCCGAGUCAGCUAUGCUGUCCGCAGGGUCCACACGAUUCGGGGCCUGAUGGCUCGAAAACUGGCCCUUGCUCAGCUGCGCCAGGAGAGCUGCCCCCCAGCCCCGCCAGCCACACACGUGAGCCUUGAAUUGGAGCAGCUGCGGGAAGAACGGAACCGCCUGGAUGCAGAGCUGCAGCUGAGUGCCCACAUCAUCCAGCAGGAGGUGGGCCGGGCCCGGGAACAAGGGGAGGCGGAGCGGCAGCAGCUGAGUGAGGUCACCCAGCAGCUGGAGCAGGAGCUGCAGCGCACCCAGGAGUCCCUGGCUAGUGUGGGGCUGCAGCUGGAGGCCGCUCGCCAGGGCCAGCAGGAGAGCACAGAGGAGGCUGCCAAUCUCCGGCAGGAACUGACCCAGCAGCAGGAGCUCUAUGGGCAAGCUCUGCAAGAGAAGGUGGCUGAAGUGGAAACCAGGCUGCGGGAACAGCUCUUAGAAACAGAGAGGAGACUGAAUGAGGCUCGGAGGGAGCAUGGCAAGGCAGUACUGGAAGCUAGAAGUCUGAAGUCAAGAUGCUGGCCAGGGUUGGUGCCUACUAGAGGUUCUGAGAGUCUGUUUUAUGAUUCUCUCCUGCAUUCUCAUGGUUGCUGGCGAUCAGUGGCAUCCCUGAUGCAGCGCAAAGCCACCUGGGAGAAGGAGAGGAACCAGGAGCUCAGGCGCCUGCAAGAUGAGGCCCGGAAGGAGGAGGGGCUGCGGCUCACCCAGCGCCUGCAGGAGCUAGAGAGGGACAAGAACCUUAUGCUGGCCACCUUGCAGCAGGAGGGUCUCCUCUCCCGUUACAAGCAGCAGCGACUAUUGGCAGUUCUUCCUUCCCUCCUGGAUAAGGGAAAGUCUGUGGAGUCCAGCCCCAGGGACCCAGGGUCUUCAGCAGCUGUGCCUCUGGCAGCACCCACCACCAGGGAGUCCAUAAAAGGAUCCCUCUCUGUCCUGCUCAAUGAUCUGCAGGGCCUGAGUGAGGCCAUUUCCAAAGAGGAAGCUGUUUCUCAAGGAGGCAACCCGAACUGUCCUGCUCCAGUGUGUGGCUGAACAGCUGGGGACUCUGCCUCUGGGGGCUCAGGGUGGGGGGCCGGCCAGCUGCCCUCGUGGAUACCAGCCACCAGGAUGUCUGAAUGCUGUGGCUCAAUAAAGGAGAUUACAGUGUG